AUGGUGACCACCAAUGUGGGUGACCUGAUUGGGGACAUCAAGGUUGGAGGCUGUUUGGGAUGUAGUGAUCAUGCACUGGUGGAGUUUGUGGUCCUGAGGGGUAUGGGCCAAGCAAAAAGUAAAGUCGAGACCUCGAAUUUCAGCAAGACAAACUUCCAGCUCUUCAAGGAGUUAGUCAAUAGGACCCCAUGGGAAACUGCUCUUGGGGACAAGGGAGAAGAACAGAGCCAGCAGAUCUUUAAGGAUGCUUUCCGUGGAUGGCAAGAGCUCUCCAUCCCCAGCUGCACAAAGUCUGGCAAGAAAGGAUCAGUGUUGUUGAAUGUCUUCAUCAAUGACAUAGAUGAUGUGACCGAGUGCACCCUCAGCAAGCUUGUGGAUCACACCUUGAUGAGUGGUACCACAGCUGUUCUUCCACUGGCUCUUUCAGUAGCCAGAGCCAACAGCCAUGCUGCAAAAGCCAUGGGAACACCAGAGCCUACCAAGAAAAAAAACUGUUACAUAUACAGCCUGCAUAUACGGAAGCCUCCUUAUACCUCUGUCCUGGAAUGCAAAAGGGGAGCACCUUGUGUCUUCUAUGCCAAUCUGAAGAUAGACUGCAACAUCCCGAAAAUGGUCCAAUGCUUGUGGAGAGUCUAUCCUGUUCUGGACACAACAACUCCUCCGGACUGGGAAAAACCCAUCAACUCUUCUUUGUUGCACGGUGUGGAUAUUGUGCUGUUAACUAUUCCCAGUUAUACCUUAGAAUAUGGACUGUAUCUGGUUUAUUUCAAUACUACCAUAACCGCCCUCUAUACCAAAUUAGUCCUCAGGGCCUCAGAUCAAAUUUAUGUUAAAUAUGAGAAGAGUAGGCUAGUGGCAAAUAUUGCAGGAGGCACGUUCCGUGUAGUGGGUUAUUCUGAUAAUUGGACUCUCGAUGGCUCUGCAUCCUACGAUCCUGAUUCACAUGAUGGACAAAAGGGAAUCACAUUUACUUGGUACUGCACUAAAGAGGUGGCAGACUAUGGAAACAUGAAAAUCAGCCCAGGAAAGAAAUGCCAUCCAUCCCAGAGGGAUUUGAAAUGGUUAACGUCCUCAGGUCCAGUUCAAAUAAUGGCACCAGAAUCCCUCCCAGGAAAUGCCAUCUACUACUUUCGUCUAGAGAUUCAAAAGGACAGUAGGAGUAGUUACGCUGACCAAACUGUAGAUGUGGAGCCCGGCUCCCCAGUCCUUCUGGAUGCAAGGUGCCUUGAAAACUGUGGUAGCGCUCUAAUUCCAACACAGAGAUUUACCUUGUCUGGAAAAUGCCUAAAUUGUAGAACAAACAACCAGCCAGUCUACCACUGGUCCCUUUUGUCAGGAAACUCUACAGAAAUCAGCUUAGACUGGUCUUCCAGAACCUCAACAGGGAGGUCUGGGCCUUACCUCUCAAUACGCCCUGGGACUUUUACAAUGGUUGCAGAGCAAGCCUACACACUUCAGUUAAAAGCAGCCACCUGGGAUGGCAGGUCCUCAAUAUACAGACACACAUUUAUAGUCAAUUCUCCUCCUAGGGCUGGGAAGUGUACCAUCAACCCACGCUGGGGUACAGCCUUCCAGACAAAAUUUGUUGUUCAAUGCAGUGGAUUUUUGGACAACAAUUUACCUCUGACAUAUAAAGUGAUCAUAGCUUCUAGUGUGCCCACCACUACCAAAAUAACGUCUUUGGAGGAAAAUACAUUUGGCCCAAUUCUGUACUUUGGUUAUCAGUUUAGAACUCCUCCAUCAGUUCUACCAGUCGGAGUGCCCUCUCAGAAGUAUACACUGACACUCUAUGUUCAAGUCUACGAUUCGCUUGGAGCGUUUACCCAAGUGAGUUUAUGUGUUCGCGUAUGGAAACCUGUUCAGCUACAAGCUGUUGUGUUUCACGAACUACUGGCCUCAGUGAACAGUUCAAGUGCACCGAUGGCAUCUCAUCUCCAGACUGGAGAUUCUUUGAGUGCCAGUUAUUUAGCUUAUCUGGCAGCCUCAGUCUUAAACUCUAUGAAAGCCACACCAACUCUCCAGAACCUUAAGGCUCAGUUUCGGGAAAGUCUGAUUCAAACUACCCUGAAUAUUUCUGCUGAGACCACAAUGGAAAUCAACCAAGUAGUUGCAGCUCUUUCUCAAAUCACAGAGGAAGCUUCCGAAGUGAACCCCAGCUCACAAGACCUGGUCAUCAAGAAACUGACAGAAGUAGCAGCAGUGCUGAAGGUACGGAGGAAUGAGAGCUAUUCAUCUGAAGAAGCUGAAAUUCAGAGCAGUGGAAUACUAAGAUGCUUGUCCAACACCAUGAGAGCUGCUGUACUGCAUCAGAGGAAUGUCAGUACAAGUGGAGUGAAAAAAGUCUUUUCCAUCUUGGAAAAAAUAACAGACAUAGUUUUACAGGGCAAAGUCCCUGGAGAAAAAGAAACUCUAAUGGAAACAAAACACUGGACUAUCGCUCUGAAGAAAGAUGAAACACGGAACAUUGCAAAUGCUUCCUCUACCGGAAACACUUGCAGGAAUUGCUUUUAUCCAUCCCUGAGAAAGGGAAAUAAUUCAGGAUUGCCCCCCGAUGCUGUCAUUUCCACUGCCCUUUUUGAAUUUGAGGAGAAUUCCUUCCCUUGGUUAGGACACACAUCAGAAAACCCAACAAUGGUCUUGGGCUUUGCAAUGGCAGAGGACAAGGCUCAUGGCAAUCUACGCGGGAUUGUGCCUGAAGGAGCAGAAAUUACUCUGGCAAGGAGAGAGAAGGCAUCUUCAACUUUUCCAUUAUCAAUAGGACCUGAUAAAACACAAAAUUACACAACAGGAGGAUUUGCUUUUAAAGUGAACAGAAAUACCAAGACUGUGUACAUCCAGAUCCUAACAAAAUUGGAAGUGUCUUUCCAGGUGCUGGUAUUUACAGGCACCAAAGUCACCCACAGUCACCCCAGAGCUUCCUUCACUGCUUUUCACAACAGACCAACAGUUGCCAGCAAAAAUGAGACAGGUAGUUCUGACUGUCGCAUUAAGGGUCCCUAUAUUAUCUGCCUCCCAAGGUCAUUGCUGACAGCCAUAGCUCUAGGCAGCAGUACAGACACUACCACCAUCUCCAUUGUCUUGCAGGCACCCUACGUUGUCAGGUAUCAAACACAGAGUCUGGUGAGCAUACACAUUUUUAGUGAUCAGUGCUUAUCUCUGGAUGGAGCUCAAAGUCUUUGGAGAGAAGAUACGUGCAGGCUUGGCUCCUCGACAGAUUGGCAGAGGGUACACUGUGUCUGCAACAUGGAGCAGAGUCUAAUGAAUUUGUCUGGCCAUGCUGCGUCAAAUGCACCCACGUUCAACAUCAUGUUCCUGGCAGCCAAAGUAAUAGUAAGUCCCAACCCAGUAGAUCUGGGAAAAAUCCUGAUAACAGACAUCCCUCGAAAUCCUGUGACACUCUGCACAGUGCUCGGGAUUUCUGCCAUCUACUUUUGUCUGUCCCUCUGGGCCCUGAGAAAAGACAGGACUGACAGGGACAGCAAACACAAGAUAAUAGUUCUGCCGGACAACAACCCCUUGGAUCAAGCCAGUUUUUUGGUCACAUUAUACACAGGCAGUCGCUGGGGAGCUGGAACCAAAGCAGAUGUCUUUCUUCAGCUCAUUGGCCGGAAUGGCACAAGUGACGUCCAUUGUUUAUGGCACCCACAGCAUUUGUCUUUCCAACGAGGAAGUAUUGAUUGCUUUCUCUUAGCUCCUAAGAAAGACUUGGGAGACAUUUGUUCCAUCAUGGUCUGGCACAAUAACAAGGGCCCAUCUCCAAGCUGGUUCUUAAGCAGAGCCACAGUUGAGAACAUAUCCAGAAGGAAAACCUGGUUCUUCAUGUGCAGGAAAUGGCUUUCUCUUGACAAGGGCGAUCACUUACUAGCAGGGACUUUUGCUGUCACAAACCCCAAGACACUUCUGCCCAGACUGGACUACUUUUUGAUUAGUCUUACCAAAAGCCUGAGAGAGGACCAUCUGUGGUUCUCGAUUUUUGCUCGCGUUCUCAGUGGCACUUUCAGCAGGUUCCAAAGGUUGUCUUCUUGUUUAGCAACAUUAUUAUUGAACUUGCUUGGUAACAUUGUGUUUUUUAAUGCUGAGAGGAAUGAAGCAUCUCCAAGACACUUGAGGUAUUUGAGAUCAAUAGCAGUGGGAACUGAGUGUGUUUUGGUUACUAUGCCUGUGGAAAUGACUAUCAAAGCCUUAUUUAAGCAUUCCCAGAAGGAACUUUCUCGUCGUGGUGUGGCUCACAAAGACUCAAAGGUACUUUCACCCCUCUUGUGGGCUUACUCCCUUCUUACAAACUGCAAAGAUCAUCUGCGAAAAUCGGACCUUUCUGAAACUACAGCACAAUCGAGGAAUGUUAGUUCCUUGGAGAACCUUUCUGGUACUAGCAACUCAUGGAACCCACCAUGUUCCAGAAAGACAAGAAGCAAGGGAGGUCCCCAAAGCUGGCAGAAUUGCACCAUUUCUGAAAGAGAUGCAAACAUAAUUGAAAUUGAGGCACAGACAAGGACUGUGAAUCUCCUCUCCACGGCAAAGGCCAGCCAGAGAAUGCCACCAUCAAGUUCCAAUUGUAGUCAUUAUGCAGAAGAAGGGAGCAACUUUCAGAAAGAAAGGAAACCACCAAGCACUCCCUCUAUGCCCUUUUGGAAGAGACUGUGCACAAUUUCUUGUCGGUGGGGUGUCUGUCUCUCGUGGGUACUGGUUAUUGCUGUGACUGGAAUAUCCUCACCUUUCAUUGUACUAUACGGUUUGUCUUAUGGAUCACAAACUUCCCAAGAGUGGCUUUUAGCUUCUGUGACCUCCUUUGUUGAGAAUGUGUUUGUCUAUUCAGUUCUACAAAUAAUUUUCUUCUCAGCUAUGAGAACAAUUAGACCAAAAUCCCUUGAAAACAUCCCAUGGUUAACUCAGCAAAACUAUUCUGAGAGUCAGCUGGCUAAAGAAACAAUGGGAGCUGAUGAGAUGAGAGAUAUGCACUUGAAAGUUGCUCAAGUCAGAGGCACUAAAAAAAGUGGUGUUUUUAUUUUUACGCCAAAGGAAAUCAUAAGAAUGUGUUUUGAUUUAAUCCAUUUUUUUUCUAGGUAG